AUGGCUCCCGACCCCAGCGGCCGCCUGGGCCUGCUGCUGCUGUUGGCCUGCUGCGUGCCGAUCGCCUGGGCCCAGAUCCUGAAUUGGAUAUGGCCCGGCGAGAAGCUCAGCCCCAUAUCCAAGUGGGUCCUCAAGCCCCACGACAGCCCCGUGGAGCCCACGCUGGGACUCACCACGCACGUGGACCUGGGGCAUGGCUCCACGGAACCCGAGGCCAGCCGGAGCCCAGCGCCUGCCGACGCCACCCCCGACGCCAUCCUGGCCACGAGCCCAGGCACGACCAAGGAAGAAAAUGUCGCUGGAGUCGGAGCCCAGAUCCUGAACGUGGCUGCGAGCAUCCGGAGCUUCGUCCAGCUGUGGGAUGAGGCUGCCCCCACUGAGAGUGCUGCUGCGGUGGCCACGCUGGCUACUGCGGCUUUUACAGACCCCCUCACCCUCCCAAGGCCACCUGAUGAGCCCCCGGAGCACAGAGACACUCUUGGGCCCAGCACUGCAGCCCCGGACGCCCUGACGACCACCGCUGACGUGCUGGCACCCACCGCACCACUUGCCUCCUCUGGACAGCCCCGGGCAUCAUUGGGGGUGUCCCCAGGUAGAACCGCUCUGUCUUCUCCGCCUGGUGGGGCCCCUCCCUGGGGAAGUCCCAUGCCCCUGAGGCAGCUGCAGGAUCUGCACAGCAGCAGAGGACCCCGGCCCACGGCAGCCGCCCCCCGUCGGCAGCAGUCGGAGCAACUUGGUGGCGGCCGUCGAGCACUGCGCCUGCUUCCCCUGGUGCUGGGUCUCCCGGGUGCGCACGUGGCCCCUGCUGCUCCUACCCCCGACCUCCUGGCCUCGCCUGCUCUCGCUGCGGCCCCAGCUUUCAUCGGUGAUGGUGGCGGUGGGCCCUGGGUUUCCCACAUGGCUAAUGACUCUGCCCGCUGCCUGCCCCUGCCGCCUGCCCUGCCCAUGUGCGGCCACCUGGGUAUCGGGCACACCUGGCUGCCCAACCACCUGCGGCAUGGGCGUGGCGAGGAGGUGCAGGCCGCGGUACAGGCCUGGGGGGCCCUUCUGCUGUCCCGUUGCCACCCUUUCCUCGCCUGGUUCUUCUGCCUGCUGCUGGCACCCCCAUGCAGCCUGGGCCCACCACCCGGGCCCCCGCCGUGCCGCCAGUUCUGCGAGGCUGUGGAGGACGCCUGCUGGAGCCGCCUGGACGGGGGCCGGCUGCCCGUCGCCUGCACCUCGCUACCUGCCCAGGAAGACGGGUACUGUGUGUUCAUUGGGCCGGCUGCAGGUAAGCUGGACAGGGCCUGCCUGCCCCGAGCCGAGCUGGGCGAGAGCCCGAGGGAGGAGGCUGGGGCCAGGGGUGUUGGGUACGGUCCCGACCAGGACGUGUUCCUGCCUGCUGAGAUCCAGUAUGGGCCUAGCAAGAGGACGCACGAGGGCUCCGGCGAUGAAGUGGGGCUGCUGCAACUGCUUGGGGAGCCCCCGCCCCAGCAAGUCACCGAGGUCGAGGACCCCGACGUCGGGCUGGCCUACGUCUUCGGGCCGGACGCCAACAGUGGCCAGGCGGCCCACUACCACUUCCCCAGCCCGUUUUUCCGGGACUUCUCGCUGCUGUUCCGCAUCCGGCCAGCCACGGCACAGGCAGGGGUGCUGUUCGCCAUCACGGACCCGGCGCAGGCCGUGGUCAGGCUGGGCGUGAAGGUCUCGGAGGUGCAAGACGACCACCAGCUCAUCUCGCUGCUCUACACGGAGCCAGGCACCAGCCCGACCCGCACGGCCGCCAGCUUCCGCCUGCCCGCCUUCGUGGGUCAGUGGCUGCGCUUCGCGCUGAGCGUGGAUGCUGGCCACGUGGCACUCUAUGUGAACUGUGAGGAGUUCCAGAGGGUGCCCUUCUCACGCUCGGCCCAGAGCCUGCCGCUGGAGCCGGGCUCAGGCCUCUUUGUGGCUCAGGCCGGAGGAGCUGACCCUGACAGGUUCCAGGGGAGCAUUGCCGAGUUGAGUGUGCGUGGGGACCCCCAGCUGAGCCCCCAGCACUGCCUGGACGAGGAAGACGAUGAUGAUGGCGGGGCCUCUGGGGACUUUGGCAGUGGACUUGAAGAGAAUCGAGAGCUGCGCAGGGAGGACACAGCUCUCCUCCCAUCCCUCCACCCACCACAGCCACCACCGGUCACUUCUCCUCCCUUGGCUGAAGACAGCACCAUAGAAGAUUCCAGAACUGAAGAAACUGAGGCAACUACGGUGGCCACAUUAGGAGCACACACACGUCCUGCCUCAGACCUGGUGUCCACGCGGGAUGGGGGUGUCCGGAGCCCUGCAGGCCACCUGGAGAAGGGAGGCCUGAAGGGACAGAAGGGGGAGCCAGGAGCUCAGGGUCCGCCUGGCCCGGCUGGCCCUCAGGGUCCUGCAGGCCCAGCGGCCCGGAACUCUGAUGGGCUGCCUGUCCCGGGGGCACAGGGGCCUCCUGGGCCACCAGGGCUGCCAGGGAAGGACGGCGAGCCGGGCGACCCCGGCGAAGACGGGAAGCCUGGUGAAGCCGGGCCACAAGGUUUCCCGGGGACUCCAGGAGACGUGGGCCCCAAGGGCGAAAAGGGGGACCCUGGGGUUGGGCCGAGGGGACCUCCAGGACCCCAAGGACCUCCAGGGCCACCAGGACCUCCAUUCAGACACGACAGACUGACCUUCAUCGACAUGGAAGGAUCUGGCUUUGGGGGUGACCUGGAGACGCUUCGGGGUCCUCGUGGCUUCCCCGGACCCCCUGGCCCUCCUGGCGUCCCAGGCCUGCCGGGCGAGCCAGGCCGCUUUGGUGUGAACAGCACUCACACCCCGGGCCCUGCAGGCCUCCCCGGAGUGCCUGGGCGAGAGGGGCCCCCUGGUGUCCCUGGCCCCCCGGGACCCCAAGGUCCCCCAGGAAGGGAGGGGCAGCCAGGAGCGCCGGGACCAAAAGGCAACCUUGGCGAUGUGGGCGCCCCAGGACCCAAGGGCAGCAAGGGGGACCCCGGCCCCGUGGGUAGCCCAGGCGAGACUGGCUUCGUGGGAGCCCCAGGGCCUGCUGGACCUCAAGGACCCCCCGGACCCCCAGGGCCCCCUGGGCCUCCAGGACCAGGACUUGCGGCUGGAUUUGAAGACAUGGAAGGCUCCGGGGUUCCCUUCUGGACAACAGCCGGAAACUCCGAGGGGCGGCAGGGACUGCCCGGAGCCCCAGGACUCAAGGGGGACCCUGGAGCAGAUGGGAGACCAGGGCCCAAGGGAGAAGUCGGUGCAGAUGGCGCCCCUGGCUUCCCAGGCCUCCCCGGGAGAGAUGGCGCUUUGGGACCCCCGGGACCCAAGGGAGAAAAGGGAAUCCAGGGAGAGAAAGGAGACCCCGGGAAGGAUGGGGUAGGGCAGCCGGGCCUGCCCGGGCCCCCUGGACCCCCCGGGCCUGUCGUCUACCUGUCGGAGCAGGAUCGAACUGUGAUGGGCCGGCCAGGACCUGAGGGCCAGCCUGGCUUCGCAGGCCUUCCUGGACCUGCUGGACCGAAGGGCGACCUGGGCUCCAAAGGCGAGCAGGGCCUGCCAGGACCCAAGGGUGAGAAGGGUGAGCCUGGCAGCAUCUUCAGCCCCGACGGCAGAGCCCUGGCCCCCGCCCAGAAAGGAGCCAAGGGCGAGCCUGGCUUCCGUGGACCCCCGGGCCCGUACGGACGUCCUGGUCACAAGGGCGAGAUUGGCUUCCCUGGACGGCCGGGACGCCCCGGGAUGAACGGGCUGAAAGGAGAAAAGGGCGAGCCGGGAGACGUGAGCGUCGGGUUUGGAAUGAGGGGACCGCCUGGCCCCCCAGGCCCCCCGGGACCGCCAGGCCCACCCGGGACGCCCGUCUAUGACAGCAACGUGUUCGCCGAGUCCAGCCACCCCGGGCCUCCAGGACUGCCAGGCCUCCAAGGACCCCCAGGACCCAAGGGUGACAAGGGAGAAGUAGGACCGCCUGGACCAGCAGGGCAGUUCCCCUUUGACUUCAUUCAACUGGAGGCCGAGAUGAAGGGCACGAAGGGCGACCGAGGCGCCCCGGGACAGAAAGGCGAGAGAGGCGAGCCUGGGGCCGGCGGCUUCUUUGGCUCCAGUGUGCCUGGUCCCCCGGGGCCCCCUGGCCCCCAGGGCUACCCCGGGAUUCCGGGUCCCAAGGGAGACAGCAUCCGGGGCCCGCCAGGCCCCCCUGGGCCUCAGGGCCCCCCUGGCAUCGGCUACGAGGGACGGCAAGGCCCUCCUGGCCCCCCCGGACCCCCUGGUCCCCCCUCCUUUCCUGGCCCUUACAGGCAAACUGUCAGCAUUCCCGGCCCCCCUGGCCCGCCGGGACCCCCAGGACCCCCUGGAACUGGGGGUGCCUCCUCAGGGGUAAGUUGUGCCCUGCAGGUGAGGGUGUGGGCCACCUACCAGACCCUGCUGGACAAGGUCCGCGAAGUGCCCGAGGGCUGGCUCCUCUUUGUGGCCGAGACGGAGGAGCUCUACGUCCGUGUGCGCAAUGGGUUCCGGAAAGUUCUGCUGGGGCCACGGACGCCACUUCCCCACGGGACGGACAACGAGGUGGCCGCCCUACAGCCCCCAGUGGUGCAGCUGUAUGAGGGCAACCCGCACCCCCGGCGGGAGCAGGUCCACUCCACAGUGCGGCCCUGGCGAGCUGACGACAUCCUGGCCAACCCCCCAUACCUGCCAGACCCCCGGCCCUACCCCGGAGCCCCUCGCCACGGCUCCUACACGCACCUACAGCCCGCCCGCCCCACGGCCUCACCUGAACACACCCACCAGGACUUCCGGCCGGUGCUCCACCUGGUGGCGCUCAACAGCCCCCUCUCGGGUGGCAUGCGUGGCAUCCGCGGGGCGGACUUCCAGUGCUUCCAGCAGGCGCGGGCAGUGGGGCUGGCCGGCACUUUCCGGGCCUUCCUGUCCUCGCGCCUGCAAGACCUGUACAGCAUCGUGCGCCGCUCCGACCGCACGGGCCUGCCCAUUGUCAACCUCAAGGACGAGGAGCUGUUCCCCAGCUGGGAGGCCCUGUUCUCGGGCACCCAGGGCCAGCUGAGGCCUGGGGCCCGUAUCUUCUCCUUCGACGGCAGGGACGUCCUGCGACACCCAGCCUGGCCCCAGAAGAGCGUGUGGCAUGGUUCAGACCCCAGCGGGCGCAGGCUGACCGAGAGCUACUGCGAGACCUGGCGGACAGAGGCGGCAGGGGCCACGGGCCAGGCUUCCUCGCUGCUGGGCGGCCGGCUGCUGGAACAGACGGCGGCUGGCUGCCACAAUGCCUACAUCGUCCUGUGCAUCGAGAACAGCUUCAUGACCUCCUCCAAGUAG